AUGAUGGGUAGACUACGGCUCUCCACAAUUUGCGUCUUUCUGGGCAUUUGGCUCCUAUCGUCCAUCUAUUUCUUUGAACUGCUUUCUACGCCUGAACCAACGAUUGAAACAAGUGGACCGGCAUUAGAAUCAAUACCCCGAGAAGUCAAGGAAGCACCAAGAGCUAAAAAAUUGAAAUCAGCAGAUUUUGGAAAGAUAGAUUUUGAUGUGAAAGAAGACCAAGAUCGAUUCCAAGUCAAACAGGACAAGGCCCAAGAAAACGAUUUCGGAGAGAUAAACAACAAUAAUAAAGACGAUGAAGAAGGUGCAAAUGAAGAAAAGUCAGUAGAUGAUGAGGAAUUUCCGAAGAAAAACCUGGCUAAACCAGCUUUUCCGAUCGCAAAUCUUGACGAAUUGACUACGAAACCGGUAGCGAAGACAAAGGAGGAAAAGCUCGAGUACGACGCUGCUUUCAAGAAAUAUCAAUUUAAUGGCUGGUUAAGUGAUAAAAUUGGAGACAGGAGGAAAAUACCAGAUUCCAGACACAAAACUUGCCCCGCCGAUUUCAAGCCAAACUUGCCAAAGGCUUCGAUUAUUGUCUGCUUUUUCAAUGAAUCGCCUUCAGUAUUGAUUCGUAUGGUAAACUCGCUACUGGACCGAACACCAAUUGAGAACAUUCAAGAAAUAUUGCUAAUUGAUGAUGCUUCAGAGCUUGAUGAAGCCUACAACGCAGCGAUGGAGUACAAACGUACACAUCCGCUUUGGAAUGGCGUGAAAUUCAUGAAAACGCCGCAAAAUCUGGGGUUAAUCAGAGCGAAGGUUUUCGGUGCAAGAAAAGCGAGAGGAGAGGUGCUCGUUUUCCUCGAUUCCCAUUGUGAAGUCAAUACCGAUUGGCUACAACCACUUUUAGAGCGAAUUGUGGAAGAUCGAAAGCGGGUGGUCUGUCCUAUUAUUGACAUUAUCGAUCACCAUACCCUGGAUUACAUAGCGUCACCGGUUUGCAAGGGCGGCAUGAACUGGGGAUUGACAUUUAAGUGGGACUACCCGCAUCGCUCGUAUUUUGAUGACGAAACAAAUUAUAUCAAGCCCUUGCGUUCGCCUACGAUGGCUGGAGGACUUUUUGCAAUUGAUCGCGAAUAUUUCUUCCACGUCGGGUCUUACGAUGAGGGGAUGGAUAUUUGGGGAGCGGAAAAUGUGGAGAUUUCUAUCAGGUUAUGGACUUGUGGCGGCUCUCUAGAGAUCAUACCGUGUAGCAGAGUUGGUCAUAUCUUUAGAUCGAUUAGGCCCUACGGUACCGAUCGGGAUACGAUGGGAAAAAAUGCACUCCGAACUGCGAAAGUAUGGCUUGAUGAUUAUGUGGAGAAAUUCUACGAAGCUCGACCUUACCUGAAGAAAAUGGGAGAUUAUUUCGUGGGAGAUCUGAGCCCGAGGAUUGAAUUGAGGCAACGACUUCAGUGCAAACCUUUUAGCUGGUAUCUGAAUGAAAUCUAUCCCGAGUUGCUACCAGGAAAUAUCCCUGAAGAAGCUGCGAUAUCGCAUAAGCUGGAUUUGAGCAAGAAGUAUUUGGUCCGAUUGGCAAAUACUUCCUUGUGUAUCGGAGCGGAUAGUAUGGGUAGUAGAAUAAAUGUCGGGUCGCCGAUCGAGGUCGCAAAGUGUAAUGAAGCGGACCGGAAGCAAGUUUGGAGGUAUACUUCAAAACUCGAGCUCCGUCCGAUGGGAAGUUCAAAACUCUGUGCAGAUGCUUUGAAAGGUGCUAUUCUAAUGAAAUGCCACAACCAGGGAUAUCACCAGGAAUGGAAGGUUACGAAAACUGGCCAAAUCUUCAAUGCCUCAGUCGGAAAAUGCCUGCAUGCAACGGCUGAAAGAUCGUCCCACGCCUCCCUCGAAUUCUGCUCAAAGUCUCAACUCUUCGAAAUCAUCCCCCUG